UCGCCGACAGAACUUCGCAUCAUUUUGUUUGACGACAACUUUCUACGCUAUUCCAUGUCGGGUAAUCACGAUCAUGCCAGCAUCUGCCAGCACGCAACCUCGGCCUCACCUUAUCUCGGAGGAAGUGUGGCCAUCAUUACACAUCAUAAGGAAGUCUAGAUAUACACCAACGCAAAGCUUCAUGAUGCUUGCCUUGCCAAUCGACAUUCGCUGACGAAACAGCUGCGGGCGCUUCGCCGAACGUUGAUAUCCAAAUAUUCAAUCUGCACUCGCAUGUUUGGUAUGAAGAAGACUAGGACCUUGUGUACUAUAUUUGGGACUCCAGAAAGACCUGUGCGCCAUCAUGUCAUCAACACGUGCCAAGUGGACGCGGAGCAGGACCGGCUGCUGGACAUGCCGGAAAGCUGGCUACAAAUGCGACGAAACCAGACCUGAAUGCGGACGAUGCAAGAGGCUGAGCAUCACCUGUUCAGGUUACGGCAACAGAGUCAUCUGGCGAGACACAGCGACCGUAGAAUCAGGCACGCGGAAGAGGAAACGCAAGACCGCCUCGGAAGCAUCACCAGGUAUCUCUGAAGAGCGACAAUCUGCCACGCCUUCUGCUCUCAGCACUAUCUCUUCAAGCAAUGACUCGCCAAUAUCCCUGCGCUCGCACGAAACAUCAAUAGUUCUCACACUGUCACCCGGGAGAACACCCUCUGAUAUACCUCCAGGCAUGGGACUCGAAGAUUACCAAUUCCUUCAUCACUGGACGACUGUAGUAUCUCCAAUACUCUCAGUCGCCUCCAAAACCGAGCACAAUCCAUUCAGAGAGCACCUUACUCCCAUGACCUAUAACAUCGGUCCCCUACGCUACACUGUCCUAUUCUGUGCUGCGAAGCACCUCUCAGCACUCCAUGGCCAGCAGUACGGAGGCAAGCAGAUACUCCGCUACCAAAAUCUCGCGCUUCGCCAUCUGAACGAAGCCCUUGGCAGCUCAAACGAAGCCACCUCAGACUCAACCCUUGCAUCGGUGUUAUUGAUGCAAUUGAGCACCCUUUUUGCCUCAGAUGAGGAGCCUCGGGCAGACCACCUGAAUGGGGCGAAAUGGAUCAUCACGAAGCGUCGCGGUUUGUCCUCAUUAUCAGACUCUUGCGGAAGAUUCCUGGAAAGUCUCUUCCGAUACCACGAUGUCAUGUCCUCCAUCACUCGUGGUGAAAGUCCGCUUCUCGAUCACCAGGACGACUUAAAUGUCGAUGGCGACGAAUUUCUAGGAGACAUCGCACCACUUCUAGAAAUCAUUUCCCACAUCAGCAUGCUACAGCCACGCAAGCAGGUCGUUGACCAAGACUUGGACGAUAUCGGCCAUGAGGACCUAAUUGAGUCGGUCCGCCUUGCCAAGGGCAUGGAGCUCGAGACUCAGCUCAAAGAUUGGACAGGACCGUCAGACGACCCGGAUUGGCUCAAUUUGGCCGAAGCAUUCCGCCAUGCCGCCUUCAUCUACCUCUAUCGUGUCAUCUACAACAUCGGGGCACCCCAUCCCCUCACCCUGCAGCAUGCAAAAUGCUGCCUCGAUGCCGUGAGACUGACCCCAUUGAUGUCACCAUUAGUGUCUGUUCACGUCUGGCCAAUCUUCACGGCUGGAUGCGAGUCCAUCGAUCCUUGGGAUCGGGCUUUCUGCCGUCAACGGUUACAAGACAUGUUCCACAAGCGCAAGUUGCUUUCACUACUACGAGUCCAGCGUGCGAUGGAAGAUGUAUGGUCCCGCAAGGACCAGGAAGCCCUCCAUGGUGCCGACCAGGUGUGCAGGGUCGACUGCAUCGCCGUGCUCAAACAAAAAGGAAGAGAGGUAGAACUCGGCUGAUAUCAAAUUAUUGUCCUUGUCUGGACGAUUUUACGAUGAGACGCCCAGACUGACAAUGGUCGCUUUUCAAUCAUUCAAAUAUCCUACUAAGCGCAUGCUGCAAGAACACAAGAAAUCAAGUUCCUUCGAUUCCACAUCUACGGCAGCAGAGAGAAGUCAUGAUCGUGUCUUCCUUGAAGAUAA